ACAAGAACUUUAAAUGGCAAAAUGAGUUUGAUCGCACCAAGCAUUUUGACCUUGACUGGAUCCGAUUAUCGAUUUAUAAUUUGCUGGUCGAAUACGAGGCAGGCUCGUUUACAGCAGAUCAUCUUGAGGACUGGUAUAAUAUCCAUCUAUGGUCAUUCAUUGACCGAUCACUGGAUGAUCUUGACAGGGUGGCGGCAAUUCAUGGUGAACCAUGUAGCCUUACAAGUGCAGCAAGAAAGAACCGAAAUCGGGUUGUGGAAAGUGUUUUAUCUCUCGUUAGAAAGAAGAUAGGUAGACGUGGGGAUUUAAUCAUUCAAAGAGGGGAGUGUGAGUUUGGUGUAGGUGAUAAUGGUCGCAAGUUUGAUAGAGAGAAUGGAAGCAAGCUGUUGAGAGAGCAUGGUUUGAAGUUGCCGAAAAUGUUGAAGGAUAUAUUCAUUGAGCUGAGUCAAGUAUGCCAGUAUGAAGAAGCAAAGAUCAGAAAUUUACAGACGCUGGGAUUUGUACAUUCAGGUCUGUACAUGAUGCUCUUGCUGCUUGACCAGCCAGCAGGAUACAUUUGUAGGGUCACAAGAUCAAAAAUGGAGAAAGUGUCAGAGGAUGUCUCCCAGUUUCCUGAGACUUUGUCUGUUCUCACAUUGAUACUCAAGGCCAAGAUGAUUAUUAAGGAGAUCAUCUGCCUCUUGGAAGGAAGAACACCAGAGACCAACAAUAAGUUUAUCAAACGUCUACAGCAAGCGGGAUGUGAUGAUGUCCUCAAUACUAAGCAUAGUAUCCCUCCAUGCAAUACAACUCCAGUUAAGAAACGUCGUCAUAACAACAAAUGA